AGGCGGAGAUGAUCAGUCUCUCCCCUGAUAUUUAUUUCUUUUGUUUAAAUCACCACAAUGAAUAUCAAGUUAUUCUUGAUAUUAGUGGCAAUGAUGUGCGCCUUGCACCAAGGGCCUGCUGUAUAUCGGGACCUUACGUGCGUGGAGCCCGAGAGCCGGGAUAUGCCAAAAGAUUGUUUUAUUAUUUCACCGCAAGCGAAAUUGAGAAAGUCUGUCCAACGGCUACCGAUCUGACAUGGCGAAUUGGAAAUGAGGCAUUCUAUAACCUGCUGUGUGUGCUUCUUACCCUGCUUUUUGGCUAUGCGCCGUUGGUCGGAAAAAUCGUCAAAGAGAAAUGCUCAGCCGCCAUGUCAAUGUUCCGAGAAUGGAGAGCUCGUAAGUAA